AAUUCAAAACUUCAUCCCUCUUAGUAGGCAUUUAAAGCUUGUGAGAUAUUGUUGUCUGUGUAUAUUUGGUAGCUAAUUUAAUGACGCGUUUUUUUUAUUUAUUAUCUACUGGAUAAACCGAUCGAGCCAUGACGUCAAAUUUUUGGUUAUUAUGUUUGUGUACUAGUCAGGUGCUUGCAUUACCGGAUAUUAUCAGAGUCGGAGGAUUAUUUCAUCCAAAUGACCUAAAUCAAGAGAAUGUUUUCAAACAUGCUAUUCAAGAUGUAAAUGCUAACAGACACAUAUUCAGUAGAUCAAAUUUGACAGGACAAAUCGAAAAAGUUUCCCCGCAAGAUAGUUUUCAUGCUUCUAAAAGAGUGUGCAGUCUCCUUCGACUUGGGGUAGCUGCAGUUUUUGGUCCGCAAUCAUCUCAAAUAGCAAGCCAUGUUCAGUCAAUAUGCGAUACAAUGGAAAUACCCCAUUUGGAAACGCGUUGGGAUUAUAAACUUCGACGAGAGAGUUGUUUAGUAAAUCUUUUUCCACAUCCAACGACUCUUUCUAAGGCCUAUUUGGAUUUGGUGAAAAAAUGGGGAUGGAAAUCAUUUACAAUAAUUUAUGAAAACAAUGAAGGGCUUGUAAGGUUGCAAGAGCUUUUAAAAUCAAGAAAUGCAGCCAUGUCCGCCUAUCCAAUUACUAUAAGACAAUUGGGCUCAGGACGAGAUCAUAGGCCAUUGUUAAAGCAAAUUAAAAAUUCAGCUGAAUCUCAUAUAAUAUUAGAUUGUUCGACUGAAAAAAUUUACGAUGUUUUGAAACAAGCUCAACAGAUUGGUAUGAUGAGCGACUAUCAUAGUUAUUUGAUAACUUCAUUGGAUUUACAUACUAUUGAUUUGGAUGAAUUCAAAUAUGGAGGUACAAACAUAACUGGAUUUCGAUUAGUUAGCCCUGAUAGGCCAAUGAUACAAAAAGUUUUGAAACAAUGGAAAGAAAACUUUACUGUACUAUCGACAGAAACUGCGUUGAUUUAUGAUGCAGUUCAUUUGUUCGCUAGAGCGCUUCACGAUUUGGAUAGUAGUCAAAAGAUUGAUAUAAAACCGUUGAGUUGUGAUGCUUCUGAUACAUGGCCUCAUGGUUACAGUUUAAUAAACUACAUGAAAAUUGUUGAGAUAAGUGGUUUGACUGGUGUUAUAAAAUUUGACAACCAAGGUUUCAGGACUGAUUUUGAAUUAGAUGUAGUUGAAGUAAAUAAAGAGGGCUUAAUUAAAGUUGGCACUUGGAAUUCUACGCAAGGUGUAAAUUUUACGAGGUCUUUUGUGGAAGCGUACUCUAAUAUUGUGGAUAAUCUACAUAAUAAAACUUUAGUAGUCACUCUGAUGUUGAGUUCUCCUUACACUAUGCGACGGGAGUCUAGUCAAAAACUCGUUGGAAAUGACCAAUUUGAAGGUUAUGCUAUAGAUUUGAUUUAUGAGAUUUCUAAGUUGCUUGGAUUCAAUUAUACACUAAAACUUGUACCAGAUGGACGCUAUGGCUCAUACAAUCAAGAGACAAAAGAAUGGGAUGGAAUGAUGGGAGAACUGUUAUCUCAAAGAGCUGAUUUAGUCGUUGCUGAUUUGACAAUAACUUAUGAACGUGAACAAGCAGUUGAUUUUACUAUGCCCUUUAUGAACUUAGGCAUUAGUAUAUUGUAUCGUAAACCAAUCAAACAACCACCCAAUCUUUUUUCAUUUUUAUCACCUUUGUCAUUGGAUGUUUGGAUUUACAUGGCAACGGCUUAUUUAGGCGUGUCUAUUUUGCUUUAUAUAUUAGCAAGAUUUACGCCGUAUGAGUGGUACAACUCACACUCGUGUAACCCAGACUCCGAUAAUCUAGAAAAUCAGUUUACUCUGAUGAACUGUAUGUGGUUUGCAUUUGGAUCUUUGAUGCAACAGGGAUGUGAUAUACUACCUAAGGCUGUUUCCACUAGAAUAGUGGCUGGAAUGUGGUGGUUCUUCACAUUAAUCAUGAUUUCUUCGUAUACUGCCAAUUUAGCCGCUUUUUUAACUGUAGAAAGAAUGGAUUCUCCAAUCGAAAGCGCUGAAGACUUGGCAAAACAGACAAAAAUAAAAUAUGGUGCUUUGCGUGGUGGAUCAACUGCGGCUUUUUUCCGAGAUUCCAAUUUUAUUACCUAUCAGAGGAUGUGGUCAUUUAUGGAAUCUUCAAGGCCUAGUGUUUUCAUGGAAUCGAAUAAUGAGGGCGUCGAGAGAGUCGUUAAAGGUAAGGGAAACUAUGCGUUUUUAAUGGAAUCAACCAGUAUUGAGUACGUAAUUGAACGUAAUUGUGAGCUUACUCAAAUUGGAAGCUUGUUGGAUUCUAAAGGAUAUGGCAUUGCUUUACCACCAAACUCGCCAUAUAGAACAGCAAUCAGUGGAGCUGUUCUUAAAUUACAAGAAGAAGGUAAAUUGCUCAAACUAAAAACUAAGUGGUGGAAAGAGAAACGCGGAGGAGGUGCUUGCCGUGAUGAUGCAUCAAAAAGUAAUAGCGCAGCAAACGAGUUAGGAUUGGCUAAUGUUGGUGGAGUAUUUGUUGUUUUAAUGGGUGGAAUGGGCGUAGCUUGUGUAGUAGCUGUUUUUGAAUUUGUUUGGAAAUCUAGAAAAAUAGCAGUUGAAGAAAGGAUAAUAAAAUAUCAUACAAAGUAUAGGAAAUAAAAUAGAAUUUUCCAAAGAUACGAGUAAUAUCUAAAAUUCUGAAAAAUUUACUUAUCAAAGAAAUAGUGGCGCUUCGAGUAUACGUUUGUAAUUUUAAAAGGCUUGAAUAUUAGGCAUAACUUGAAAAUUAUUAAAGAAAAAUACAAAAUAAUUAUGUAUAAUUUUUAUAUGACUAGAAAAAAUGACUACCUAGAGAAAAAAGUAUGGUUUUUAUGUAAAAGAAGCAUUAAAUUAUAUAAACAGAAUUAUUCUGUUUUGAAUUUCAAAUAUACAUUUAGAAUUUUGCGUUUUUUGCGAUCGUAUUAAAAAUAAUUAAAUGUUAUAAUUUGUCUAAUUGUUAAGUUUUCUAUUAAAAAUAUCAAAAGUUAAAAAAUAUAUGAGGUAUCAAAUCAAGCGUUGGAUAAAUCAUAUGUUAUGAUGGAUUCUAUUGUUUACUGUUAUAUAAGUAUAAGUAUUUAGUUUUAGAUUCUUGAAAGGUAUGUAAAUAUUUGUAUUUGUUUUUAUACACAUUUUUUGUAACAAA